AUGUAUUUUUUAUUCAAUGUUAUUCCUUGUGUGUUAGAUGAAUAUAUUUUGCAAUAUAUUUACGCAUACGAUUGGAAUAAUUUCUUUCGAUUGACUGCGGUGGCCUUGUUUGCAACUAUUAUUGCGCGCUGGACGAUCGCUUUCGUGAAACAAAUUCGGUUGCGGCUUCCACCAGGACCUUAUGGACUUCCGUUCAUCGGAUGUUUGCCAUGGCUGUACCGAGGCUCCCCCCACUCUUGGUACCUCACAUGGGCUAAACGUUACGGGAAUAUAUUUUCCUUGAGACUGGGUAACAGCCUUGUGGUAUGCAUAUCAUCAGCUAAUAUCCUUAGAGACGUGUUCAACAAAAGUGAUUCGAUCGGCCGUCCUAAGACUCCGUUGAACAAUCUGCUUGGUGGUUAUGGGAUAAUACUAAGCGAAGGAAUCCUGUGGAAAAAGCAACGCCAAUUCGUUCUUGACAAGUUCCGUGCACUCGGUGUCAGGUUGUGGAGCAGGCAGAAGUUUGAAAAUUGCAUUAUUGAUGAAGUGCAAGAGAUGGUAACAGAAAUAGCUGUUAAGGAAGAACAGCCCCAAGACCCCGUCCUGGUCCUAGGCAGACAUAUCCACAACGUAAUAUGUCAGUUGAUGAUGAGUUACCGCUUCGUUGACGGAGAUCCACAAUUUCAGGCUUUCAAUGCGUUGGUUACGCGAGGAAUGCAGCUCUUCGGUUCCGUCCAUAUAGGCGAACAUCUGCCUAUUUAUAUGAGACUGCCAGGUAAGAAAGCAGUUCUGAAGGAGAUCAAGGCGAACCUGGACAAGAUAAGUAGCUUCCAUGAGGCGCAUCUGAUAAGCCGGAUUGAAAUGCGGAAGAACUCGUCAAUGGACUACACUCCUGAGGACCUGCUGGAUUACUACCUCCAGGAGAUGUACAAGGGCGUUGAUGGUGGUGAGCUGCAGACGGUUUUGGAAGACAAGGAGAAAGUAAAGCAAGCGGUGCAAGUGAUGAACGACCUUUUCUCUGCCGGCAUGGAGACGUCGAGGACUGCUAUCGUUUGGCUAUUGCUGAUGAUGAUUCGGGAACGGGAGGUGGCUGCUAAGGUUCGAGAGGAGAUGUCGGGAGCGGUUGAACCUGGGCAACUUGUGACCUUGGACUAUCGUCUGCAAAUGCCCUACAUGGAAGCUGUCAUCUUUGAAACCCUGCGUAUCACCUGCAUUGUACCUUUGGGCACUGCGCACGUUAACACCUCGGACUGGAACGUCGAGGGAUACACUGUUCCGGCUGGGACAACACUCGUGCCACUGAUUAACAAGAUCAAUAUGGACCCCGAACUCUUCCCUGAGCCGGAAAAGUUUAUUCCGGAGCGUUUCUUGGAGAACAACAGGCUCUCUCUGCCUGAUCACUUCAUACCUUUCGGGGUCGGUCGCCGUAUCUGUUUGGGAGAGCAAUUGGCAAGAAUGGAGCUGUUCAUCUUCUUCUCGAACCUGAUGAACAACUUCGACUGGGCAAUACCGGAGGGAGACGAGGUACCAGGCUUGGAGGGUACCUAUGGUACCAUCCACAUGCCUCUCCCAUUCAAGGUCAUUUUCAAGAAAUGGCCCUGA